GACAAGGAUUUGAAUGUCUUUUCUUCUCCACAGAGCACCUUGAGUGAUGCCCAAGAAGUUCCAAGGUGAAAACACUAAGUCGGCUGCUGCCCGCGCGAGGAAAGCUGAGGCCAAGGCAGCAGCCGAUGCCAAACGUCAGCAGGAGCUGGAAGAUGCCUACUGGAAGGAUGAAGACAAACACGUGAUGAGGAAGGAACAAAGGAAGGAAGAGAGGGAGAAGCGGCGCCUGGAGCAGCUGGAGCGUAAGAAGGAGCUGCAGCGCCUGCUGGAGGAGGAAGACUCGAAGCUGAAAGGAAAGUCACCCAAGCAGGUCACUCCGGGCAAAGUCACCAGAGCCCAGAUCGAGGAGACGAUCAGGAAAGACCAACAGCAGAAGGAGAAUGCGGACACAGUGGAGAAGGAGAAGACUCACUUGGAGGUGCCCUUGGAGGAGAACAUCAACAGAAGGGUGCUGGAGGAAGGGUCGGUGGAGGCCAGGACGAUUGAGGAUGCCAUCGCUGCCCUCAGCGUUGCCAACGAUCCAGACCGGCACCCCGAGCGCCGGAUGAAAGCCGCCUUCACAGCCUUUGAAGAGGUCAAUCUGCCCCGCCUGAAGCAAGAGAACCCCAACAUGCGCCUGUCCCAGCUCAAGCAGCUCCUCAAGAAGGAGUGGAUGAAGUCUCCAGAAAACCCCAUGAACCAGAGGCACAAAGCUUACAACAGCCAAAAGUAGAACUAGAGCUGAUCGUCCCCUCAACCCCGGACAGUGGGCUGGAGCCCCAGGGCUCUGCUCCCGUAAAACCAGGAGACACAAGGAUCCUCCUCUCCUUUUGUUUCCCUCCCCUGAUCCCACUUUCUGUCUCUCUCUGUCCUUGAAUUCAAGAUAAGCACGAGGCCACGGCUCGCCUGGGGACCCCUCAGCGUCCCGCCGCCCUCACUGAUGGCCUGUCCCCCCCCUCGACACACCCUCCCCACGGGCAGCUGGUGCAGAGUGACCCGCACAGACUAACACUACCUUCACGCUUCCCAGUUUGGUUAUUAUCUUCCCCAAAAAGCUCCUAACUGGCUUCCAGACCUUCAGCAGGGGCAGCCCAAGUCCCAAGGUCGGGACCCCCACGCCGGUUGGCCUCCAUGCGUUAACCCACCCGCAGCCAGGACCUGAGCCCAGCUGCCUUCACCCCGGCCUCUGCCCUGCCUGCAUUUCUGCCACCAUCACGAGGAAGGCACCUGCCCUCUCUUGCUCCUGUCGCCCUCGGUGCUGGCGAAGAGAUUUCAGACUGGGAUCUGGUGGCCCUGUUGCCGGCCACCUCCCUCCCCUCGGUCUCACCCGGCGAGGAGGAACCACACCGGGAGCGGAAGCUCUGUCAGCGCCGCAUCAUGAGGAAGAGGGAAAAAUAACCUUCUGUCUUGGAGGGGGAGUGGGAGCCGUAACGCAGCACCGCGCGGUUCCUGCCUCUGCCGCGCAGCACAUGGCUGCCAGACUUCUCUGAGUGACUCCUGGUGGCCUUGCUGGUGGGAC